CCAAUUCCAAAAGCUCCUCUCUCUCUCUCUCUCUCUCUCUCUCUUUAUAUCCUUUUGGAUUAUAUCAUUUUCGGAGCAAAAUCGCAAAAGGCCAAUUUUUCCUCUUACAUUUCUCUCUUUCUCUCGCUUCAAACCAAAAAGGACCGAAAACGUUUUCAAAUUUCGCAAAGCAGAAUCGCAUAAAUUGUUUGUAAUUGUAAUUGUAAUAUUUAUUAUUAUUAUCAGUUGUUUUUGUAAAACAAAAAAAAAAAAAAAACCAAAAUUCACACGAAUACGUAAAAUUCAAUUUGGUUUUGAAUUUACGUUUUUUUCCCCUGAGCUUCGUAAGAGUUCUAGGGUUUGGAGAGAGAAAAUGAGUUUGUAGUGAAUAUAAUUUCAUCGUUGAGGAUGGUUGACUCGUGUCGCGAGGAAGAAGAAUCGUCGUCGUUAUUUUCUUCGCCGUGGUGAUCGGGGCGGUGAGAACAAAAACGACGUGGUUUUUUGGGGAGGUGGAGAUCAUGGAUUGCAAAGUGUGCGUGUCGACAGGGGAUUGGUGGCUGAUGAAAGGUGUUGGAGGUGGAGGUGGAGGUGGAGGUCAGAUCGUCGGAGGAGGGUUGAGCCUGAGCCAAGAGAGCGAGCACGAUUUGGCUCUGAUGGUUAGCGAUUUCUUGGAGAAUGGAAGCGGUGGAACCGAGUCUUGGUGUAGCAGUGACAGCGAUUCCAAUCUCUCCGAUCUUUCUCUCCUCGCCGAUAAAAUUCCGUUUUGUAAGAUCUCAGUGUCUCAGUAUGAGAGCGACUUGAUGUCAGUUGUUAAUUCUCUUAUACUGUCUAUGAAUGAGACGGAUCUUCACUAUGUCAAGUCAGGUGCUUGCAAUGCCAGCUGCAUAAGGUUUUCUCUGGUAAAGCUUCUGAGAUGCUCUGGAUAUGAUGCUGCUGUAUGUGCAACCAAAUGGCAGGGUAGCGGAAAGGUCCCUGGUGGGGAUCAUGAAUAUAUUGAUGUGAUCAACCACAACAGCACUGGAACCACCGAGCGUUUGAUCAUUGAUAUUGAUUUCCGGAGUCACUUUGAAAUAGCUAGAGCUGUUGAUUCAUAUGACAGAAUAUUGAAUUCACUUCCAGUCGCAUAUGCGGGUUCCUUCACCAGGCUGAAACAAUUUCUUCAGAUAAUGGUUGAGGCAGCUAAAUCUUCUCUCAAGCAGAAUUCAAUGCCACUUCCUCCAUGGAGGUCACUUGCAUAUCUGCAGGCUAAGUGGCAAUCACCCUACCAAAGACACUUUAAUCCAGAUGAACCGAACAUUAGCAAAACUAAUUCUGUUGACCAUAACCAGUGCAGUGGACAUUUGAAGAGGCUGCAGUCUUUGCUUCAAUCUGAAAUGGAAGCAGAGCGAUUAUUAAAGCCCAUAAACAGUGACAAUAACUGGAGGCUGAAGCCUGAGAGGCGGAGGCGCUCUUUUUACCGGACUACUUAAGAUGUACAGAGUUUUUGGCCUUUGAGAAAAGAGUUACUUUCAAAAAGAGAGUGUAUUGCGGCUUUCUAUUUAUAAUUUUUUUGUCCCUAAUACUAAAUAAGUGAGAAACCUGAAGAAAGGGCAGGUUUCAUAUAGCCUCCACAGUGAUGGUAAUAAGCCAUGUCAUGGUGGAGAAAUUUCUAUUAAUAUUAUUCCCGGAGUCAUACAUACCAGUUUUGUUCAUUGCCAACAGCCAUUGGACAAUGGUUUUGGGUUUUUGGAUCUGCUGCUGGUUCUCUCUAGCAUUAGCGACAGCCAAAAAUGUAGAAUGAGUUGGUAUCUUGCUCGACCACAGUGCAUCAUCCUACAGAGAGUCACAGAUUGUAUUUGUUUUUGUCUUUUCAAUAGUUUCUAUCAUGUAUUCCUUGCCUUUUGUUUUUGUGGGCCUAGGAAAUUUUGUUACUAUAUCUUUUUUCCUUUUAAUUUCUUUUCCUCGUUUAAUAUUGAGUGGUAUUUCUUUUCCUGUGGUCAAAUGGUUGCUUGAACCACAAUUUUUUUAUAGGGUAAAACUUAAAUAAUGUAGUUGCUUCUGAUGGCUGAGUAUUACAAUUUACAACUGCUUACUGUAAUAUCUUUUUUUGCUGAAUACUGCUUACUGUAAUUUAUUUGGUUACUACUUGUUA